AUGGGACGUCAGUCGCUCGUGAUAGCUGUCAUCCUUUGUGUCUUGAUAUGCCAGGUAUUGCAAUUCUACUCUCUUUUGAAUUGAUUUGUAAUUUAAGUGUAUUCAUUAGUCAUGUGUAGGCUACAUAUAAAAACAUAAUAGAAUACAACCUUCAUGUUUUUAUUGUGUUUUUACAGGGUUGUUGUUCAGGGGUUUUCGAGUUGAAGGUACAAGAGUUUCUCAACAAGAAAGGAGUGACAGGCAAUACAAACUGCUGCAAAGGAGCCUCUGGGAUUCAGCAGUGUGAAUGCAAAACGUUUUUUAGAAUCUGCUUGAAGCAUUAUCAAGUUCACGUAUCACCGGAACCCCCUUGUACCUAUGGUGGUUCGGUGACUCCUGUCCUCGGAUCAAACUCCUUCCAAGUGCCGGAAACAAUUGCAGAAGCCUUCGCCAACCCUAUUCCGUUUUCUUUUGGAUUCACGUGGCCGGUGAGUAUUUAA